AGCUCCGCGGGUGGCGCUGCGUGGGUCCGGGGGAAGAUGGCUAGUGCCGCCGCGCGCUCCCCGGCCGAGCAGGACAGGUUCAUUUGUAUCUAUCCUGCUUAUUUAAAUAACAAGAAGACGAUCGCGGAGGGCAGGCGAAUCCCCAUCAGUAAAGCUGUUGAAAAUCCUACAGCUACAGAGAUUCAAGAUGUAUGCUCAGCAGUUGGACUUAACGUAUUUCUUGAGAAAAAUAAAAUGUACUCUAGAGAAUGGAAUCGUGAUGCUCAGUACAGGGGCAGAGUCCGGGUCCAGCUCAAACAAGAAGAUGGCAGCCUCUGUCUUGUACAGUUCCCAUCACGUAAGUCUGUAAUGUUGUAUGCAGCAGAAAUGAUACCUAAACUAAAAACAAGAACACAAAAAACAGGAGGUGGUGACCAAAGUCUUCAGCAAGGAGAGGGAAGUAAAAAAGGAAAAGGAAAGAAGAAGAAGUGACCUGGUAUGAGAAUAUGUGGUACUACUGUAAGAGACAUGAUUGGAGGCCACUAAUUUGUGUGGGAGAGAAACACGUUUUUUGUUUGCAUCAUUGAACUGAACUGUGAACAGUUGUGCUGCCCAGCUUCAGCAUCAAAGUUGACAGUGAAAUGAAUUUACAUCAGAAGUUUGCAUCUCACUCUUAUGCAGUAGAAAAGAAAAUUCUUUUGCCUGUCAGUGCAGAGUUGUUGUGGAAGAAAGAAGCAUAUUUUUAAAUGGACAGUGGACUCUAUCUACCAUAAGUUACUUGAAAGCCUGUGUGUUGUCGUCCUCUGUGUAACCAUGUUUCAGAUAAAUGAGUUUAGUAAGAUUUAAAAAUACACAUUUUGUUCACCUUUUAAGUUAAUGAAAUAAAAUUUGAAAUUGA